GUCAGAAAUCAGAAUUCAACAUGGCUGCAGAGGAAAGCUUGUUUUCAUUAGAAAUAUUUGUAGAAAAUGUUGAGUUAAUUCUUGUGAAGUGCAGGAAACCAGUCAUAGCCUUUCGACUUCUCGAUUUUCAAAUGAUUUCAAUUUCUCCAGCUGAAAAUGAACCAAAAUGCUGCCAUGGAAUAAAGAAAAUUUGGUCGGGAAAGUCGUGCUUAUUCAAAAUGAACGGAGACAACUUACAGCAAAGACUUCAAAGCUCUCCUUUGUAUAUCAUGUUGCUAGACAGCACUUCUGAAAAAAUGCUCCUUUUGGCCAGCACUUUAAUAUCUUUGGUAAAAUGCUACGAGAAGGUUUUCAGAAGCAUACAAGAUAAUGGCUUGGAUUUCCCUGCUGUUUCUGGCGAUCAAAGUACAUUCGAAAUGUUUAACUUGAUGGGUUCUGUUGUUGCUAUGAUAAAACUAAGGUUAAGGUUAUUUAGCUUUGGCUCAAGCUUAGGAGAACAUGUUGAUAUCAGCAUUGCAAGAGCAAAUCAAACUGAUGACUAUGAUAAAGGUACUGAAGACGAUGAAAAAGUUCCUGCGGUUUUACAGACGGCUGUUGGUGACAUAAAAACGCAUUCACUGGAAAGCAAAACUUCUACUUCUAUCAUAAAAAAGGAUGCAUACGAAGCCUGCAAGUGUAACUCUAUUGUAAAAGCUAAUGCUCAAACUCAAACAAGCGUUAGGAAUCUAGUAGAAAAGCAAACAGACUUAAACACUUUAUCAUCAUCUUUACAAACUGUUUUGAUUCCUGAAGAAAGGAUUAGUAUCACACAACACAACAAUAUUGUGAGACCCCCGCCAUUAUACUAUAACAGUAAGUCAACAUUUCCUAUGUCAAAUAGGGAAUUCACAUCAACCAAUGACAGGGUUCGCCAUUCCAUGCAGACUAGUGGCAAAGCAUUAGAGGAAACUGGAAAUGAGUUAUUAGGAGGUCAGAUUGACAAUGUUGAUAUGUGUUUAAUAGAACCACAAUAUUGUGAACCAACAUCAUUAAAUCAACCAAGUGGAAAAGGUUCAAGUCAGUGGGUCCAACCAAAGCCAUCUAGCUACAGCAACCAAUUAGCUCUACCUUUGAUUGAAGCACUGCUUAAAGAACUCUCACUGAUUAGGGAUAGAUGUGUGGAAAACUUUUCAUCUCCACCAAAUAAUGGAAAUGUGGUGUGUGCCCAAAGUAGAAACAAGUCAACAAUUUCCGACACAAAAGUUGUUCAUACAGUAACAAAGAAAACAGAACAACAAAAGACUACUGACAGCAAUAAAAUGACCAAAUUUAUUCCUCAAAGAACUUCAGUAAAAAGCAAAUCUCGUGAAAGUAGGCCUAAAGGAGUGUUGAUCUCAAGACGGAUGCCAUUAAUGUACAAACAAACGCCAUUAAGAUAUGGAACAACUAAAACACAUCGACUACGACAGGCAAGAAACAAAAGGAUAGCUCGUGGCGAUUUGACAGAAGACCUCCAAUUACGAGAACAAAGCCAGAAUGAGUAAACAAGGCGUUUAAUAGUUGACGUAGAAGCAAGACAGCGUAAAAAUAAUUUUUCUUCAAAUGUUGCUCAUUUUGAGGAUAUAAAAAGUUACACAAGUAAUGUUACGAAAAAAGUACUUCCUCUUUGUGAGAAUUAUUAACAGGAGUGAAAGAAGGCCGUUCAUUCAUUUCAAACGGAGUUUUGUUUCUUCAACCAUAUACACCAACAACAUUUGGGUCGUCAGCAAGGUCUUCAAAAUUUAUCUACAACAUCCAAAAUUAGUUACGGAAGGACAAGACAUACAGGAAAGAUUGGUUUGAAUUUUUUAACAACAAUUCUAGAUAUUGCCUUGAAAAGUUUAUGUACUUCAUUGCGAAAGUUCCAAUAAUGUUUAAGGUUUAUCGCUCCGUUGCUUGAAGCAAAAAUCGUGAAAAUAUUUGAAUUAAGUGCUAGAAUUUUUGCAAUCAAACAAUCUCCAUCACGUAAACCGAAUGUGUUGACGUAUUGUCAAAAAUUUCAAUUUCUUUCGUUUUAAUAGAAUUUGCUUAAAUAAACAU